AAUCUCAUUUCACUUUUGCUUGUUUUUGUGUAUUUCUUCGUUUUUUUCGUUAGAUCUUCGCUUUGCGACAUUCGUUACUAGGUUUUAUAAUUUAGUUUAUUUUCGGGUUUUGUGUACAAAAAAGAAAAGAAAUAAUACAAUAAUUAUGAUGGAAAAUUUGGACAAAUUAGAUUACGAAAUUUAUAAUUAUUCUUCUUAUUCUACAUCAUAUUUACCAGAAAAUAUUUUAGAAGAUAGUCCCAGUAAUCAAGCAUCAAGAUGGUCAUCAAACACAAAUAAUCCACCGCAAUUCCUGACUUUAAAAUUGAAGCGGCCGGCCAUUGUAAGACAAAUCAAGUUUGGGAAAUUUGAAAAAUCUCAUGUUUGCAAUUUGAAAAAAUUUCGUAUAUUUGGCGGUUUAGAUGAAGACAAAAUGUUAUUAUUACUUGAAAGUGGAUUAAAGAAUGAUUCAACACCAGAAAGUUUUUCACUACGUUAUACAACCGAAGGAGAAAAUUUUCCCGUUUUAUUUUUAAAAAUUAUGCCAUUACUAUCAUGGGGUCCAAGUUUUAAUUUCAGUAUUUGGUAUGUUGAAGUUCAUGGCCAAGAUGAUCCAAUUUUUAUGAGUUCUAGUUUAAGAGAUUAUAAUAUGGUAAGGGAAGUUGAAAUAGUUAAACUCUGCUUAAAACAUUUUCGUCAACAAGGUUAUGACAAUGCUUUCAAGGCGCUUCAAGAACAAACAAACGUUCGGCUUGAGCAUCCAAUUAUAACAGAAUUGCAUGAAUGUUUAGUAAUUAAUGGUGAUUUCCAAAAGGCGGAACAAUUUAUUGAACAUUGUGUUAAUGAUGGUUUAAUGGAUAGUUAUAUGGCUAAACAAGAUUAUAAACAUUCAUGGAAAAUUCAGGAAACUUUAAGUACCAUACGUCCCGGAACAAGAGGUGGUCAUCAAUUAGUUAUUGAUCCUAAGAAGCGAUUAAUAUAUCUAUACGGGGGUUGGGAUGGCUUUCAUGAUUUGAGCGACUUAUGGUGCUUUGAUAUUGAAAAGAGUACAUGGACUUUAAUAUUUGAGAAUUCUGAGUUAUUUGAUGGACCAAAAGCCAGAAGUUGUCAUAAAAUGGUGUUCGAUCCAAUUAGUGAGAAUAUUUUUAUGAUUGGAAGAUAUUUAGACAAUUCAAUAAGGACUAUAGACUAUGUUAAGAGUGACUUUUAUCUGUACGAUACAAAAUCAAGGACAUGGCUGCAAAUUUGUGAUGAUACAAGUCAAGUUGGCGGUCCGCAACUAAUUUAUGAUCAUCAGAUGUGUAUUGACAUAGAGAAAAGAACUAUUUAUGUUUUCGGAGGAAAAAUUUUAACUCCAAAAAGUGUCAAUCAAGCUUCAUCUGAACCGGAAUACUCUGGACUAUUUUCCUAUCAUAUUGCAACAAAUACAUGGACACAAAUUUUAGUUGACUGUCAUCAUCAGAGUGCUUCCUUGACCGAUGUUUUAUCAAUUAAAUCCCGUGUAACCCACUGUAUGGUGUUUCAUAAUAAAAAUCGUAAGCUUUAUAUAUAUGGUGGACAACGGGGUAAGGAAGAAAUAGAUGAUUUUAUUUCAUAUGAUGUUGAUACCCAAAUGAUCAAUGUUUUAAACCCAAACAAUUGUGGAAAUCUUUAUAAAAGCGAACCACCAGCUGGAUUUACUCAGAGAGCCACUAUAGAUUGUGAAAGGGAUGAAAUAUAUGUUUUUUCCAGCUUAAGUAAACAGAAGGAAAAGCGGGAUCCCCAACAAAUUGACGCAUCUAACUCUUUUUGGGUGUAUUCUUUGAGAACUAACAAAUGGUCAAGAAUUUAUACAUGUAAACAUGCUAGUGAUCAGUGCUAUAAUAAAAUAGACAAAGGUGACAAACAUGCAGAACCCUGUCCAAGAUAUGCUCAUCAACUAGUUUUUGAUGAAAUUCAAAAGGUUCAUUAUUUGUUUGGUGGAAACCCUGGUAAAACGCAACUGCCUCAAUUACGACUUGAUGAUUUUUGGGUUUUAUUGCUAGAAAAACCUACACGUCAGGAAACAUUACGAUACUGUCAGUAUUUAGUUAGGAAAUUAAAAUAUGAAGAAAUCACAAAAAUAAAUCCAAUCUAUGCUUUGCAAUAUUUGCAAAAUCACAUUUCAGAAGUUAUAGAUCAUAACGAUCCGGUUCAAUUAAAUAACUUCCACAAACUCGCAUCAUUGUUGUUCAAAGGUGAGGAUGAUGUUUUAGAUGAAAAAUCUCAAUUAAUGACUAUUCCUGUUGAAAAUAAACCAACAAGAAUUUCUUCAUUUUAUGUGGAAAACGAGAUAUUAUCUAAAUCUUCUUCCUUUUAUAACACUAAGGAGGAGCAAUUACCUUUAUUACCUAAUAAUACAAAUGCAACAGAUUGUAAGUCAGAAGAUGUUGCUAUGUCCACAGAUGACUCCUCCAUACAAUCAACAGAAGAUAUAAGUACUCCAUCUACAUCAUCAGUAUCAAGUCCAUUAAUUCAUCAAACAAUUUCUACUCAGUCUAUUGAAAAUAAUAUGCAUCAGCAACAGAAUCAACAUUUACAACAACGGCAACAAUAUCAUGAAUUCAUUCCUCAUACAUCACACACAUCAUUAUCAGGUGUUGGAGCGGGAGAUGACACCUACGAAUUGUAUCGAAAAUGUGGCGGAAAAAGAAGUCGUGAUGAUUAUAAUUUUGAAAUAAAAACACGAAGAACAUAUUUAUUCAAUAAAAUUGUUGAAUUAAUGCCAAAUCAUAUGGUUCAGCCGAAAGGACAUUUAAGUGAUUUCGUAUUAAUUUGAAAUUAUUAAUUGUUAAACAAGACAAUUAUAUUGUACGUAAAUAAGCAAAUAGAAAUUUAUGAUUUUUACAUUAAAAACUCGUAUAUAUACCUAUAUAAUUAACUAGAACUUUAAGAAAAAGUUCAAUAAAUUUAAUAAUUUUUUUUUCUUGUUAAUUAAAUAUGUUUAAUAAAAAUAAAUGAGAAAUGACGAUUUAUUAUGUAUAAUGUAUUUAACUCAGUAUGUAUAUUAUAUGUAUAUAUUAAUAUAUUUUUUAAAAUAGUGAAACUACAUAAACUGCUAAAUGAAUAAAAUAGUCAAUUUAUUCUUAAUUUAAAUUUUGCAAAUUUGUGCAUAUUUUUUCGCAAAAUUUUGUAUGUAUCAAUAAGUUACUAUAAACAAGAAAAACUCGGAAAUUCUAUGGAAUUUAAACAAUAAGUUGAAAUUUAUGACUGAAAAAGCGUUAUGCAAAAUAGGAACUGAUAAAAUAAAAUAAAAAUGUUUUUUAAAAAAAAAACGAAAAUAAAAAAAAAAUUAGCAUUUCAAAAUAAUUGACGGUUUUAAUUGUAAGAAAUUUCUUAAAUUUUUCUUUUUCUUUUAAUCUCUUGGAUUUAAAUUGCGUUUUUUUUUCGACAUUGAUUUGAGCAACUCAAAUCUUAAAAUUUUUCUAAAUUUACAAAAUUUUGAAAUGUUUAGUAAAAUAUUUUACACAAUUUUGCAAAUAUUUCAUAUGUAUGUUACUAAUCAAAACAUUAAUUUUAAGCAAAAAGUUUAUAACCUAAACACA